AUGGCUCAAACUCUUUAUUUCAGACUUCUUCUCAUCGCUCUUUGUUCAUUAUCUGAAUGCAUUCAGCGCCGCUAUCACCAUAUAAACAUUUAUAUGACCUGGACUGAAGCUCAGAGAUACUGCAGAGAAAACUACACAGAUCUGGCCAAAGUCAAAAACAUGAAUGACCAGAAUCAGCUGAUGAAGAGUGUGAAAAUCAAUCUGACUUCAGGUGUCUGGAUUGCUUUGAUUAGAUCAAGUGUUUAUAAAUGGAAGUGGUCUCUGGGUGAUCCUGUGGAAUAUACAAACUGGUUUAAUGAAGACUCAAAGGGUCCAGGUAAUUGUACUUACAUGAGAGAUGGAUCAUGGCAUCAGCAGGACUGUAAUAAAAACAUGAGAUUCAUCUGCUACAAUGGUGAUAAAGGAUUCAUCAUUAAUGCUUCUUCAGUAUCAUGGAGAGACGCUCAGAUCUUCUGCAGAGAGCAUCAUACUGAUCUGACCAGUGUGAGGAAUCAGACUGAGAAUCAACAGAUUCAGAAGAUCAUGAAUGACAGUAAGAUACCUGAAGCCUGGAUUGGUCUGUUCAAUGAUUCAUGGGAGUGGACAGAUGAGAGUGACUCUGCAUUCAGAUACUGGGUGCCUGAUAGUCUGAUAUUGAUCCAGAAGAAUCUGAGCUGGUCUGAUGCUCUGAGAUACUGCAGAGAGAAUCAUGUGGAUCUGGUUUCAGUUGAUUCAGAGGAGAUUCAGGGCUGGGUGACAGAUGUGAUUGAUCGGGCCUCUACUGACGCUGUGUGGAUGGGGUUACGUCACUCCUGUGCUGUUGGGCUUUGGUUCUGGGUGAAUGGAGAGAUGCUGUGCUAUCAGAAUUGGGCUCCAGGGAACGAAACCGCAGUGGACGACUGUGACAAUGAAGUGAAAUCUGGAGCAGUUCAGUCUGAAGGAGAUCCUCGCUGGAUCAGCAUUCCUGAAUCUCGCAAACUCAACUUCAUCUGCAUUAGAAAGGAAAAAAUUAAUUUGGAAAAAUGA